AUGUUUGCACUAAAUACGACGUCUAGUGGAAGCAUCGAGGCGCGCCAGCGCGUAGCUCAGCUGCAGCUUCAAGUCGCGACGAAGAAUGUGAUUGCUCUUGGUCGUGUUACCAGAAGUUCAUAUUGUGAUCAGGCAGGUUGGGGCUAUAAACAAGGCAGUAUUAUUAAGAACUGGAAGCGUCGGUACUUUGUGCUAAAAGGCCUCGAGUUAAUUUACUUUGCAGAACGAUCUCCUAGUGGUAAAGGAAUUGAUGAGAAAGGAAGAUUACGUAUCAGUGGUGUUGAGUUUACACCAGAGUUUACGAAUGCACUCAUGAUACGAGGUGAACUCAAGAAUCAGGCAAUGAAUAUGCAGUUGGAAUCGAAUAAAGAGAGCGACGAGUGGUUCCAUAAGAUUUCAAAGGCUUUAGAGACAACUGGAGAAGAGAAGGACACUGAAAGUGGUGGACAAGGAGAAAGAGGGAGGAAAGUUGUAGCCAUGGAAGGCUGGUUGCUGAAAGAAGGACAGAACUUUAAAACGUGGAAACGACGCUAUAUGACGUUGAUUGGAAGAGUUAUACAGUAUAGAGCUCAGCCACAUGAGAAACCGCUAGGAGAGACUAGAGUCAAUGCUGUGAACAUUAAUUCAUCUAGAGCGUUUGCGCUGGACAUUUACUCGGACAAUAAUCGCAUUUUCAGGAUCUCAGCUGACUCGUUCACGGAUAUUGAAGCGUGGGAUCGGGCGUUAGCUAAAGCGACUGGCAAGCGACCAUGUUUUGGAGAUCCAUAUGCUGGACAGGAUGCUCCGUUUCUUGAGGAGACAUUUGAGGAAAGUGUGCUGUGUGAAGGAUGGCUAUACAAGAGAGGACAGAGGUCAACGGAGUGGCGGCGACGUUAUUUCAAGCUGAAAGGGUAUAAGCUGCAGUAUCAAGAUGGACCUGGAGAGAGUGUGCCCAAGGGCGCGGGUACCGUUGUGGGAUUAAAACUUGGCGAGAUGGGAUCCAACUGUGUAUUUGUGCAGCUUGGAACAGGUCGCGUGCUUUGUGUAAGCGCUGAUAGCGAAGCGUCAGUGAACAAGUGGGUGCAAGCUAUCUGCAAAUUGCUGCACAAGGAUCCUACGACUUUGGAAAAGGAAGUCACGACCGCUACUGUCGCAGCUAGCACAUGUGUGAGUAGUAGAAAUCUGCUGACACGUGCUCUAAGUCGUGCUGGGUCUACUGCGUCUGAGCCGCCCGUGAUAUCGCCUUGUCUGUCGAGACUUAGCGAUGCUGGUAGUAUCCAAUCGAGUCUUACCUGUGCAGGUGGAUAUGUGGAUGGCUUUGAUGACACCACGGAGAGCGACAACAUCAAUUCUCGAAACUCGACAGGUAGUUAUCGAAGAUCUUCGUACGGUACUACGGGCAGCAACUCUCCGUCAACGACGCCCGCAGUUUCCAGUACCGGUAUGAUUCGAAAGUGUGGAUGGCUACGCAAAGAAGGUGUCCGAAUCCGCUCGCUCAAACGCCGUUACUUCAUGGCCGAUGGCAACAAACUGUAUUAUUUUGAGCAAAUUGGCGAGGCCCCGCGUGGUAACGGCAUCGUAAAAAGUGCUGCUCCCAGUGAUAUGCAUCCAAACUGCCUUGACUUCAUCCUGGCGUCGGGUCGCACAUUGCGCGUAGUGGCCGAGUCUCCUGAUGAGAUUCGGUCAUGGCUCGACCAUUUUAAUAAGUGCAUUCCAGCGGGCGACAGUACAGAGGAACGUCGUAAUGCGUUGGAGAGGCUAUCACUUGGUGCAAGUAAAGAUACUGCAUCGAGUGUGACUGAAUCUUGUAGUGGUUGGCUGCUAAAAAGAGGUAAGAACUUCAAGAAUUGGAAACGUCGAUUUUUCAAGCUGGAGGGAAAGCAGUUUUUGUAUUCGAGUGCGCCAGACGCGCCACCUCUUGGACGAGGCAAUGAGAGCGAGAUGAUGGCUUGGAACCGUCUGCUCCAAACGGCUGUGCUGUCAGAGCCGAUAGAAAGCGACCUGGAGCAGAGUGUUCACUUUGAUUUCGAUGACGCUGAGGAAGAUGCACAACUGAACACCAUGCACACAGUUGUGACCGCUGCCACGGCUUUCAAGCGAGGCUUGUCAAAAGCAUCAUCAACCGUAAGUACGAUUUCAAGUGAUGACAGCUUGAACCAGCAAACCGAGCUGAUGGUAAACCCGACAAGUAAGUGCGCAGAGGAGAUGGUAAAAUUGACGAAGGAUCAGGCAGUGGUACCAGCUGUGGCAGGUGCAGACCGAUGGUCGCUUUGCUUGGGUACUGGUGAGAUGAAAGAACCAGUUGUGUGCAGCGGGUGGCUGCGAAAGGAAGGUGGUACAGUAAAGAACUGGAAACGUCGCUAUUUCACUCUCCAUGGCACCACACUGUGCUACUUCAAAAGCGACAACGGAGCGCUCGUGCGCAGUCUUACAGUCUGUCAUGUCGUGACGUUACGCACGAAAAGAUUGUGUCUGGAGAUUACAACGGAGGUGGGGCGCAAGCUGUUGGUGGCUAGUGAGACGCAGAACGAUUUGAAUCGCUGGCUCGAUCACCUACAUCGCGCUAUUGCAGAGGAAAGGUGCAAGAAGAAUGGCGUAGGCGCUCGAGAAUGGAUAAAAAAUGCACCUGUCAUAGCCAGACCAUUAGCUUUGGCGGAUGAAGAAACCCCUGAACCUGACAGUUUUGAGUAUAUGGUUCUGUGA